AAGUGUAGUGCUGCUGAGCUGAAGACGAAGUUAGAAGACCAAGGCUCAGACCCCAGUUGAGUUUUACCUGUGGAGUGGAGCUAAAGCCCCACUAGGAUCGCCUUUUCCGCUGCUGCUGCUUUCUUUUUGGUGUGAGGACUAAGUGCCUCUUCUGUAAGUAUUUUACGCUUUUAUUUACGUUUGGAACUGUAUAUUACUUGUCGUUUUGUGUACCCUGGCUGGUCCUGGACAGGGAUUUAAUACAUAAAAUAGUCUGGAAAUUUGGGCUAAAUUUCUGGGCGUGACAUCGCGGAUGGGAUGGCACUCUAGGCAGCGGCGGUGGUGAGGAUCGCCUCGCCUCCGAGGGAAGAGAGCAAGAGGGGCAACAGUGGACGACCCUCGCCUCGUCGGAUCCUGCCUUGCCGAAGCCCAACUUUCACUUUUCCUCUCCUAAUGCCACCACUGCCACUCUCCUGCCAUCCUCCUCUUGCUAGAGGGCGCCACCAUCAGUGAUGCCGCCACCACCGCCGCCGCCGCCUCUCUCUCUCUCUAUCUCUCUCUCUCUCUCUCCCUCUGUCCCUCUCUUUCCAGCGGUUGGAUGGGGGCAACGGCGGUGAUGAUUGGCUGAAGGAGGUGGGGUUCGAGAUGGGGAUGAUGGCGCGGGUGCCUAGCGGUGGUGGCCAGACCAUGGGGCAGAGGCAUCGGCAUCUCUGCAGGCCCACUAGCUUCAUAAGAGAGGGAGGAUGAAGUGGAGGCUAACAUGUGAGGCUGGUGCCACGUGCUCGGCCACGUAGGACUAAAACCGCUCCGGAUUGAGCCUGGGGGUUAUUCGUCUGGUAUAAAUUGUUCAGAAUAUAAAAUGUCUGGUUUUACGGUUUAAGGGGUAAUUCGGUCGACCAUGGUAGUUUGGGAGGGUAAUUCGUGCUUUUUCCUUAAAAAAUAUUGGGAGUUGGUAGUAGGGGUACCACCACCACAACUACUUUUUAUAAGGAGUAUAGAAAAGAUAUAUUGCGCUAAAGCAUCCACAUGUCAGUCACGCUCAUCACCAACUUUAUACUAUAUUGCGGGAAGAAAAAAAAAGGCAAAAUUUGCUAUAUGACACUAAACAAAAUGUGUAAUUAGCUAGUAGACACCGUAAGAACGCAAAUUUCCUGUUGGGAAAAAAAAAAUAGUAAUUAGCUGUCGGACACUCUCGGCCUUAUUUUAUUAUUUACGAAGGAAUUGGAGAGAGAAAUUCUCAUUAAAGACAAAUUUGCUCUUGGUCGUCGCUGCAAUGGCGGAGGUGGUUCGGAGGAGGAGCAAUGUAGCAAAAUUUUCCUAAAUCGAUUCCAUUGGCACGAAGCGCGGCUGACAAACUUCUCGACGUACGGCCUAUUGCCCGAAGGAUUCGACGAGAAAUAAUCAUGCUGCAGCAGGUAGGAGUCAUCCCUGUACUGCCAGAACCCGGGCCGACGACCAUCUCCGCACCUCGUCACACGGCUGCGGAUGCACGAGGAGCUCCAGAGACCGAGUCGUACAACCGCGCCGUGCAGCGGCUAAAAGACGGGAGCGGCAAGGGCAGCGCCACCGAGGCCGACGCACGAUGUGGCUGCUCCCGUGCGACUUCCCGCUGGUGUCGUAGCUACGCGAACUUUAGCGCCGACAGCGCCGAGAGCUAUGGCAACAUGAUGAAGAACAAGGUGCUCGGGACAGACGGGAGCGACGGUGACAUGCCCGCGGCCCAGAUGCCGGCGUUCGCGUACCUCCACCUGAACCACGACUACGGCGACGACGACAAGAUGUUCUUCUGCGACGACGACCAGCGGCUGGUGAUGAGGACGGACACCUACAUCGUGCCAUCGCUGUUCCUGGUCACCACGUUCCAGGACGAGCUCGACGCGCUCUUCCCGGAGCGUGGCGCCGUGUUCCACUACCUCGGCCGCUACCUGUUCCCCCAGGCCAACCACACCGCUGUACUACAGCGUGUACCUCGCGCCGGCGUGGCAGCAGCUGGUCGGCGUCCAGGUGCGCGUCUUCGACCACCGGCAAGGCGAAGUCGCCGCACGUCGUCCUCGAGUAGCUCAAGUCGUGCGCGUGGAAGGAGAAGCUGCUACCGACGGUGAACAUGCCCACGCCACCGACGACGCCGCACGACGGGAGCAAAAAUAAUUGAAGAGAAGAAAAGAGAGAAGAAAGAAAAGGGGGAAUUUAACUAUUUGCCACUUUUACGUUUGACAAUUAACCAAAUACCCUUUUUAGAAUUGCACUUAAUAAUUUGCCAUUGGAGAGAGAAGUUUUUUAACUUUUUGCCACUUUUUGCACUGUAGAGUGAAAGCGGCAAAUAGUUAAAUUCCCCCCAAAAAAAAAAAGAAGGAAGGACAGUGCCCAGGGGCAUUUCGGUACUUUCAAUGCUCUUUCUUUCUAUUUUCACCGAAAAUAAUAAAAUAAUGAAUUGGAUGUCCAGUAGCUAACUACUAUAUUUUGUAAUGUCGAUAAGAAAAUACUCGUUCUUUAGGUGUCU